GCUUUUUCCACUGGAUGGUUGUCGAUGUAUGUUUUUUUAUUGCGUUUAUCCGCGGGAAACUUGGGACUGAGUUCAACUUUUGGCGCCAAAUUAUUUUCACGUGACACAAACAAAAUGGCGGAUGAGAUGGAAGUGGAGGUUUCGAACUCGACAGCCCCUGCAAGCUUAAAAACCUCCAAAGACGAAGCAAUGGAAGUAGAUUUACCACAGAAGGAAAAAGUACCAACUAAAGGAUCAUCUGGUGCAAGUUCUAGCUCGGUAAAACACUCUAAAGGCUUUGAACUUCCAUGGGUAGAGAAAUACAGACCAACAAAACUUCAUGAAAUAGUUGGAAAUGAGGAAACUGUCAGUCGUUUAGAGGUUUUUGCAGAGCAGGGAAAUGUUCCAAACAUCAUAAUUGCUGGUCCUCCUGGUACAGGGAAGACUACAAGUAUCUUGUGUCUGGCCAGAGCUCUUCUGGGUUCAUCAUUCAAAGAUGCUGUGCUUGAAUUGAAUGCAUCGAAUGACAGAGGAAUUGAUGUGGUGCGUAACAAGAUAAAGAUGUUUGCUCAGCAGAAAGUAACUUUACCAAAAGGCAGACACAAAAUUAUAAUUUUGGAUGAAGCUGACAGCAUGACAGAUGGGGCACAGCAGGCUCUUAGAAGAACAAUGGAAAUCUACUCCAAAACUACGCGGUUUGCUCUGGCAUGCAAUACUUCUGACAAAAUUAUUGAGGCUAUACAGUCAAGAUGUGCUGUUUUGCGAUACUCAAGAUUAACCGAUGCUCAAGUCUUACACAGAUUGUUAGAAGUUUGUGAAAAAGAACAGGUUGCCAAAACUGAUGAUGGAUUGGAGGCUAUUGUCUUCACUGCUCAAGGUGAUAUGAGACAGGGCAUUAAUAACCUUCAGUCGACAUUUUAUGGAUUUGGUUUUGUGAACAGUGAAAAUGUAUUUAAGGUUUGUGAUGAGCCUCAUCCUCUACUGAUUCGAGAGAUGAUCAAAUCCUGCUCAACAGGGGACGUAGACGAAGCUUACAAGGUUCUUUCGCAUUUGUGGUACAUGGGUUAUGCCCCAGAGGACAUCAUCACCAACAUCUUUCGCGUGUGUAAGAACUAUCAGAUUUCAGAGUAUCUUAAACUGGAAUUCAUCAAGGAAAUCGGCUAUACACACAUGAGGAUAGUAGAAGGUGUAAACAGCUUGUUACAGCUGUCCGGUUUGUUAGCCCGGAUGUGCAGUAAGGUGACGUCACAGGACAGCUGAGUAGCCAGGCUUGUGGCGAUUAACCGAUGAACUCAAGUAGGAGACUAUGAUUUGACUCAAGUGAACUCCAGAAACAAUGAUCGUGAAACGAGAACAGUAAUGAACGAGCAAGAUGUGCUGGAUUUUUUACCAAGUGCGACUGUAAGGUUCAUGACAAGUGUACCAAUGGUUCUUAUCACUAGUGAGCAAUCUUCAUGUAAAGUCGAAGGUGUAACGUAAAGUGCAAUCAGGAGUUUUGUAACAGUGAAUUGAACUUUGAGGUUUAUUCUUCCCACGUUCUCCCCAAUAUAUAGUAAAUUGCGAACUAGUAUGCUAAUACGAAAGUAAAUGCUUCCGUUUUCGCUUGUUGAGUGCUCCAAAAAAAAAAGUAUUUGAAACACGUCUGUCAGCAAGUCACAAGUGGCUAUUUCAUUUUAGACGACCCUCAUUUUUCUUCGACAUCUAACUUGGGUGAAACCGACUCAAUUCAAAAGGUGUUGAGUUAAAUCAAGUAAAACUGGUUUUGACGAGAACAUCAUGACUCGCGAUUGUGGGCGAAAGAGUCUGGUAAAAAGAAGGUGCAUUGCAUGUGGUUCGCGAUGUGAGCUCCACAGCUAAACAAAUACUCGGUUUAAACUUCCUGUACUGAGUAAAAUCCUGGCAGAAAGUGUUACGUCAUCGACUAGUAAAAGCAUAGGACGCGACCUCGAUCCCAGGCUCUCUCUCCUUUGCCUCCCUGGGAUCGAUGUUGCUUCGAACGUUUCUCUGCGAACCAGGAAAGAAUUCAAUGCUUUCACACUUCAUCACUCAGACCUCCAUCUUCACCUCUGGUAUUUAAUGUAAAACUACCAUCGGGAGUGAAUUGACAUGUUCAGCGAGUGGCUUUCGCGCAUUUUAUAUAUAUACUCUUAACGUUCAACUAUUUAAACGUCUUUUUGACACGAUAACAGGACAAUCAAUUGCCAGAACGUUCACUUCAACAUCGAAGUUUGUAUCAAGACCUAAGGUGGCGAAGUUAGAUAGUUCGUGCAAAUGCGUGACAACCAAGUUUUCUGUGUUUUUCCUUAUCUGUCAUAUCUUCAAACAGAUACUCGCAGUCGUGGCAUGUUUACACGCAUAUCUUAGAAUCGGGGAGCGGGGUGGAUAUUACGAGUGCAAAACACCGUAUAUCAGACCAAAAUAGUCAUAAAAAGGGCCUGAAACCUAUUUAGCUUUUAUAAAGGAGGAUCCCCGGGCGUAGCUUUGCGAUUCGUAGUUUUGCAAUCUGUGGGAAUGUAGUUAGAUUUUGAAAGAUGGUCAGUGUAAGGGAGAAGUGUAUUGAAACUUGGAAAAACUUGUAGUUGUGACAUACCUUUUUCAAUUAUGGUUGCUGAGACAACGUCUGAUGUAUUUUCGUAAGCUUUUGGAAAGCCAGCAAUUCAGUAAGCGUAGUAAAAUUCCUGAGAACAGUUGAAACAAUAAAGUUGUCUGCGUGCCAAGGUUAACUGCAUUGUUUUGUAUUUAUCGAACCUGCUUGACAACAAUAUUGAAAGGUUAAGAGAAAGGAAGCUUGAUUUGAAUGCGUAUGAUGGAAAAAUGACAAAUAUACAAGGUAGAUUUAAAGGUGUGGCUUCCAUUAUUUCUUUACCACGUUUCGUGAAAAAAAAAUAUGCUAAUAUGAUUUGUCUCUUAAAGUAUGCUGAUUAAAAUCUUGAAUUUUAAAAGGUUGAAAUUUUGAUUCAUCAUCCUUUUAAUCAUUGUUAAUGCGGUGGAAAUGUGCAGCUGCUGCUUAUGCCACAAUAAAUUUGAAGUUGUUCCUGUUGAUUUUACAUUUGUGGCAAUCGAUUUUACAGCGUAUAAAACUCGACUCAAGAACAUUAGAAACGAGCGCUUUGAUUUGAUCUGUUAGCCUCAGGCAUGGCCUUGCACAAAUUUUCAUGUGGCCUUAAGUACCCUUUUAAAUAUAUUUACUCGUGAAAGAAUAAAACAAAUCGGAUAUGUGAAUUUGUGAAUAAAUUACAAUAAAUG